AUGACAGGUAAAAUUUCAGUUGUAUUUAGAGUAUCACCAUGGGAUGAAGAAACUGAUAUUAAAAAAGUUGAGGAAAGAGUUAGAAGUAUUAGCAAAGAAGGAUUGCACUGGGGUGACAGCAAAAAUGAAUCAGUCUUUGGAGAUAUCAAAGUAUUGAAAAUCCUUGCAGUUAUUGAACCAUCAGUAUCAGUUGAUGAGAUCGAACAAGAAAUCUCUGAUUUUGAUGACUUGGUUCAAGUAAUUAUCUUUUUUUAUUUAUUUCCAAUAUAA